UAGCCUAUCGAGCGUCUGAUUUAUAGGGAGCAAUGGCUUUAUUUUUCUACAUGAAGGGCCAGUGUUUUCCUAUAUAGUGAAUCAGGUGCCAUCCUGAGAUGGAGACUCUCUCUGCAGAACUGUUCGUUUGUGGUCUAUGCUACAAGUCAUUCACAGCUGUCCACAGUUACUACUCCCACUUAAAAUCCCAUGGCAUCCAGAUUGACGGAAGGUUCCACUUGUGUGAGGCAGAAAACCAAAGUUUUGCUGAAAAGCAAGCAGAGACAGGAUUCUGUUGCCAUAAUUGCUACUGCAACUUUCCUACAGUGUGUCUGAUGCACGACCAUUUGCUCAGCUGUUCAGGGUCUGGGUCAUUUAUAUUUGACGACGCACGCAAGGUCGCAUACCCUUUAUGUUCAUUUGUAGACUUUGAGGCAAAAAAGGAUCUGGAUUUGUUUGCUAUUAUGAAUAGACUGAUUGAAAAAGUUGUCAAAGAUGCAACAGGAAAACAUCUGGCUGCUUGUUCAAGUUUAAUCAAAUACCUCUCUGCUAGUGAGGUAGCAGAAACAAACGCUUUAAUGACAUCUGAACAAGAUACACAGACCAAUUUGUGUCAUAAAACUUUGCAACUUGAUGAAAAGGAACAUACAUUCCCUGUGGCUGCUGACUCUCAAGAUAAUAUCCAAAAUAAGUGGCAAAACGAAUCUAAUGAUGAGAUGACUAUACCUUUACCGAUUGACAUUGUAAUAAAAACUGAAAAGCCUGAUCCCCAUUUCAUGAACAAUCAGUCAGACUCUGAAUGCAGUAGUUCCAGUUUGUCACGCUCUUGGCAGGGUCUUGCAGGGGAAUCAAGUAGUAAUGAGUUGUUGAAUCAAGGGAAAUGUGAUUCUUUCCUUGGCAUGGUUGGUAAACUUAAGAAAAGCAGAAAAGGAAGAAGGCAUCAGAAAGGCAAAUCAAAGUCAAUGUCCUUGUUAGAUGCAUUUCCAGAAGUGGCAAAGUCUAUUGCCAAAAGUCGACUUCAGCGUGAAAAGGAUAAAGAAAAGUCUAUAUUAAUGUUUGAGGCUAAUGAAAUUUUGCCAAAACUUAAAACCUAUAAACCAUUUGAAAUUUCGAAAUUGAACCUAGACAUUAAUAAACUCAUUGAUGACUUGAAGCAAAAAAGACCCGUCCUUGGUAGACCAAGGAAACCUCUGGAAACGUGUCCAAUAUGUGGACAGAAGAAAAAGAAAUCGCAAAUGAAAAACCAUUUGACCAGUCACAGUGCUGAAAAGCACUUCACAUGUGAAAUCUGUAAUAGGACAUACAAAUACUUACAUGCUUACCAGGUCCAUAAGCGAUCCCAUACUGAUGGCAAAUCAUUUGUGUGUGAGCAAUGUGGCAAAGGAUUUAUAGCAUUAGCAGAACUGAAGCGGCAUGCCAUGUUCCACCACAGCGAGGAGCGACCAUUCAAAUGUGAGGAGUGCGGGGCUGGCUUCAUCACCCUGUACAAACUGAAGAGGCACAGUAGUCUUCAUACUGGUAUAAAGCCUGUGCAGUGUGACACCUGCGGUGCCAGGUUCACAACCCAGAACAGUCUGAACCAACACAUGGCAUCCGUGCACCGUGGGGAGAGGGUGGUGUGUAAUGUGUGCACCAAGAAGUUCACCACUCAGUCCAAACUGAACAGGCAUUUGCUUGAACAUGCAGGAAUCCGGCCAUUCAAGUGCAAGGUGUGUGCAGCUGACUACGUUGGAAAGCGGGAACUCCGAACGCACAUGAAGACUUAUCAUGACAUGGUCAUGGAUGAAAGCUGUCUACCAGACCUAAAGCCCGUAUAUGACACUAUUCAAAAUAGUUCAGGAGUCAGUUUGUUUCAAGACCCGGGUUCAGAUGGUCCAGAGGCUGUUAUAUCCUGUGAGGCGAACCCAUCAUCUUGAGUAAGAUGCCAACACUGGUGUUAAGUGCAAAGUGAUGCAAUAGAGAUUCAUAGUGUGACAGAAAACAGACAAUGUGUACCUGACAAAGAAAAUAUAGACAAAACCCAUUUUCUUAUCUGUGACGUUUUCAUAUGUGUUUUGGUCAUACAUUUGAUGAUGCAACAUGACAACAUUUAAAACAG